AGGAACUUUUAUAUUGCAUUAAAAAUGCUGAGAAUAUUUUUAUUACUAUACUUCAUUUGUUUAUCCAAAAACUUAGUUUCUCUAGAGAGAAUUGAGGAUAUAAUAACAUGUUUGAAGGGAACAGACUGCGACGAAUUUACAGAUACCGAUAAUUACACAGAAAUAUAUAAUGAAGACGGUCUUACGUCAAAUAAUUUUCUAAAUGUCACUAUUAAUAUUACUGAAUCAACGUUAACUAUUAAUUUAAUGAAUAUAACAGAAAUUCCACAAUCUGAGACAACGACUACUGCAGCUUCGAUUAUUGUCCACAAAUUCGACUCGGAAACAAAUGAUCAUAGUAUAUACAAAAAACAGUCUGAUAUAUGCGAAUGUGAUUUAACUGUAGCAUCGUGUGACAUCAAUUGUUGCUGUGAUAUGGAUUGCAAAGAUCAUCAUUUAAAAGUAUUCUCUCACUGUAAAGAUUAUCAUACAGAAUUAUAUGAUAGUCGUUACUGUUACAGUAGAAAUUUUAUUCAGAGAAAUAACACUCCUUUUAUUCUCGAAAAGUUAGCUAAUAAUUUAUUUUGCAUUCUUUACGACAACCUUCCACCUGUGUACAGUGUUAAUAAUAACUUAGUUAUUAAUAAUCAAAAAGAUUUAUUGUCAGAGAUAAAGAAAGAUAUACCAAAAUGGAGAUUCGAGCAUCAUCAAAAUAUGUUUAUGUAUAACGUCACUAGUACCUAUAAAGAAGGUGACUUUGUAUGGAAAUUACAAAAUAAUUAUAUAAAACCUUUAGAGUUACUACAAACAGGUUUUACGGGAAAAUGUUCUUUUAAAAAGAUGAUUAAAUAUCUUAAUAAUUGGAAAGAUUCUUGUAUGCAAGUUGAACUAAAUGAUGCAAACCAGUUCUUAUUUCCGUCAACAUACAAUAAUUUUACGAUUAUUAAGUCGUUACAUUUGUUUAAUCAAACUUACAUUCUUUCAUCGGAUCAAAGCUGUCCAAAGAACAUAUGUUUAUCUCCAAUCAGUCAUUAUUGUCGAAAUUCUUGGAAUAAUUGCAACAACGCAGAAAUAUUGGGUUCUUGCUCUAAGGAAAUGUGUCAUAAUAUUAUUAAAGGAGUUAAAUAUAUAAUAAGCCAUAAUGGUACUUUUGGUAUAGAUAACAUUACAAUACAUUUUCUAAUAGGUAACGUAUAUGAACAAUUCUAUCAAUCAUUUGAGGUAAGUUACGAAUGGAAUGAUCAGAAUAAAAAAAUUAUAUUUGAUCGUAGUGGUAAUCCUGGCUACAUUCGUGGAAAACCUUUAAUCAUAGGAACCAUUAAGACAAAUAAGACUAAUAAUAUAGAAUUUCGUUAUAUUAGUUUUAAUAAAACUAAAAGUUUUUUAACUUUGCCAUUAGGACAGCAAAACCGUGAAUGUAGUCAAACCAAUAGAUAUACUGUAACUUUUGGAGAAGAUAUUAAAGUUAAAUGUUCCCUAACAUUGAAUACGACUAGUUUUACAACUACGUCUUGCAUAGAAUUACAUAACAAAACUUUACAUUUCUUAAUGGAAGAUACUUUGCUUAAUGUAACACAAGCUGAUCAAUAUGCUAUAUAUAUCUCUAAAUUAGGAAAUUUUACUAACAACAAUACUUCGGAAUGGAUAAAAAUUUUACUCGAUAGAGUACCUCAUCAUGUAAUAACUGGCCAAAUUCUCAAUGGCUGGAUUCGAUGUUCAGGAUUAAUAACAUCUAUAAAAUAUGAUAUAUUAUAUUCUGUAUCACCUAAAUCAGAAAGUUUAACAAACUAUGACAUAUUAGGUAUAGGCGCUACAUUCUCUGAAGAGACAGAUUUAUCUUGGCCAAAAUGCAUUAUGAAAAAUUGCACAAAUGUGCUUCAAAUCGAUAUUACCAGUUUUGUCACAUUUCAUGAUAUAUCCAAACCAUCCCGAUAUUAUUUCGCAGGUGGUCCAAAUUUAGACUUGACAUUACCGUAUGAUUUUUUUUAUCCUUUUCUAAGCAAUGGUGAUAUAAGAAUAAAAUCGUCCAUAAUUUUAAUAUAUAUCUUAGGUAUAACUAUUUCUUAUUAUAAUUAAUAUCAUAUAAAAAUAAAUACACUGUAAUUAUCAUAUUCCUCAUGGUUUGUUUACACUUACGCAUUGUAUACGUAAUUAAACUUAGUUUAGAUAUAUUUUCUACAUGCACCAAAGAAUUGUAAUGAUACUAUCGAGCGAUAAUAUGUAUAAAAAUAUUUUGGUAUAUCAUUAAAUGUUUUGCAUAAUAAAUAUCAUAAUAAUUCUUUUAA